CUCCUCCUCCCCCCGUGCACACGCCUUGCGCCGCCUCCCCGCGCCUGUCCCUGCCUCGUCCCGUCCCCGGGCGCUGCGCUGAGCCGCCCGCCGCCCCUGGAGGCUGCUCCGGAUCAUCAUGGCGCCGCUGCUGCUCUCGCUGGCAGUCGCGCUCCUGCUCUUGUAUCUGGGCUUCGUGCGGCGCAGCACCGGAACCCCCCGCACCGCCUUCCACCGCCGAGAGCCGGGCCGGGCCGGGGACAGCGGUCACCAGCCCCCGCGGAACGCAUGGGGUCCCCCGCUGUCCGGCUUCCCGCUGCGCCUCUUUGUCCAUGUGGCUAACACGGCUUUUGGGCAGUUUUGUGUAAUGCCGCUUUUACUGAGGAUGAAUAACUUCACUCUCAUGCACUAUCUUGAUAUCCAUGAAGACCCCACAUUUAUUCCAGAGGUUGCUGCUGAGGGAAGAAAGGAAAAGCCUGAGACUAAAAACACAUUGGAGGUUCUCAAGCAGUUGAUGGAGACCAGGUCUCAUCGAGCCAACACUGGAUUCAGUUUCAAAGGGAUCCAGGACUAUCUGAACUGCUACCGGACUGGGGAGUUGACACCCUUCCAGGUUGCUAAGAAUAUUAUCUCCUCGCUGGAGGACUGUGAGAAAUCCAACCCCCCUCUCCGAGCAAUCGUGCAGUGGGACCGGGCGCAGAUACAGAAGAUGGCUGAAGCCUCCACUACUCGUUACAGGAAUAAAUGCCCCCUUUCUCUUCUGGAUGGAAUCCCAGUCUGCUUGAAAGAAGAGAUUAAAGUUGUGCCUUAUCACUUCCGAGCGGGAACAGCAUACCUUGGGACAGAGCCAGAGACUGAAGAUGCUACAGUGACUAGGAAGCUGCGGGAGGCUGGAGCAAUCAUUAUCGGGGUCUCAAACAUGCAUGAACUAGGGACUGGAACCACUGGCUGUAACCCCAACAGAUUCCAUGGCACUGCUAGGAACCCAUACAACCCCCAGCAUUUCACUGGUGGCAGCUCCAGUGGAUCGGCCGCUGCUGUGGCGGCAGGUCUUUGCCCAUUGGCUCUUGGCACUGACGGAGGUGGCUCUGUGAGGAUUCCUGCUUCUUUCUGUGGCGUCGUGGGGCUGAAAGGUACAUUUGGGCUCAUCAGUGGUCACGGCUGCCUUCCACUCUCCUACUCCACCGCCAGCCUUGGCCCCAUUUGUACGUCAGUGACAGAUGCAGCCAUUGCAUACAGCAUCCUAGCUGAGCCAGAUCCACUGUACCCAUAUGGACUACAGCAGCCAAAACCAUCCCUAUCUGAAAUCCUCACUCCUGACCUCAAGGGCUUAAAAUUGGGAGUGAACUGGACUUUUUUUAAGGCUUGUGAUGCAGAAAUUUUGGCAGUCUGCCAAAAAGCUGUAGAGCACCUGCAGGCUUUAGGUGCCUCUGUGGUGGACGUGCCCCUGCCGGAGAUGGAGGAGGUGCGAGUGGCGCAUGUGAUCUGCAUUCUCAGCGAGAUGAGGGAUUUCCUGCAGCCCGACUUCAACACCCACUUCCAGCAAAUGAAUCUGGAGACGCGGCUCAACCUUGCUCUGGCUUCCCAGUUCACAGCUCUGGAUUAUAUUAAGGCAAAUCGGCAGAGGACUCGGAGCAUGAGCUUUUUGCGAGAGAUCUUCACCAAUGUGAACUGUAUCCUCACCCCAGCCACCGCUUGCACUGCCCCAAGAAUCCAGGACUCUGACCUCUUGACGGGGAACAACAACGUUCUAACAACACUUCAGAGCAUGAGAUACAUGCAGCUUGGAAACUUCACAGGCAUCCCGGGUCUGGUGGUGCCAGUCGGGUACACUGCCACUGGGCUUCCCAUCAGCUUUCAGGUCAUGGCAAAGUGGUGGGAUGAGGCGGUUCUUUUCCGGGUUGGCCUGAAGCUGGAGGAGUUCCGUGACACGACCAGGAAGCCAGCCAUUUAUUACGACAUCCUCGCAUGAUGGGAGUCCCAGAAAGGAGAUGCUGUGAUUUUUCUGGUCUGAUCCGACUGAGCGUUACUGGGGAAAGGAGUUACUGCUUUUAACAUUGAUCUCAACGAGGGGUGGCGGCAGCAGCAGGGCUGUUUACAUAGUGGAAUAGUAGAGUUUGUUCUAGGAUGAUAUUUGUUCCCAUCCAGGGUCAAUGCUGCCCUCAGGUGCAGGGGCUGUAAGAGGAUACCAGUCUACGUAUGGAUGAGGGGCUAAUGGAUGGGUGCAGAAACACAUUUAUUUUUGUAGUUAGGUUCGGUUCGAGGUGUUACAUGGAUAGGACCAAACAGGAAUGCUCUCGGGACGACCUCCUGUACGUGGGCUGCACUAGUAAAAAUCAGCUAUGGGUGUACAGUUCCCCCAGCCUUCCAUGGGAGGUGGGAGAACAUCCUUGGCCAAUGCAGCCUUGAGUAAAUCCUUUUGCCCUAGUUACACUAUAGAAAAGGGGAAUGAAACACUGCACUUUCCUGGGUGUUGUGUUUUCUGUUUUGUUUGGGCAGGGGCGGCAGCAUCCCGGCGGCAGCAGGAGAGUUUUUCCACUCAGGAUAAUUUAAAUGACCUGACUGCUCCUGGAGCCAAGUAGGUGGUGCAUAUAAAAUGUCGUCAUAGGACCAGUUUCUCUUGCAGUGUAUGUGAUAAUAGAGAAACUAAACUAAACUCUGCAGGAACAUAGGAAAAUGAAGUCUUUUAAAGCUGCUUUUAGAUUUCUCCUGCUUCCCUAUCUCUGCUGGCAGCAUAACUUGGCAUUUAUUGUUAGUGUGGGUUUUCCCUGGGAAAUGUUAUGAACUGAGCCCUUCGUAGAGCCUGAGGGUGGGAUGCACAGAACUGCAGAAGACCAACAAGCAUGUUUAACUGCAGUACAGCAGUAGAUAAGAGAAGGGAUAUAACGACCCAGCCCUUAUGACCUAACAGCCAGCACCUCCUGCUAACACAUUUGCUAGAGGAGCUGUCUAAGCACUGAAAGGGGAACUAAACUGUGGACCAAGGAGAGGGCAGCUGUCCCUGUCUAGGAGGGAUUUUUACUGAUCCACCCUCUCAUACGUCCAAAAAGCACACACAGUGAACCCUGUUUACCACAGCCAGUCACUGUUCUUGUUUCCAUGAAGGAGCUAGGCCCUAAGGCCAGGCCCAGCUAAAGAUCCCAGCCUAUAGGAAAACCUCCUACCUUUAAGCUCUCAUAGGCACCUACCUCUACCCCCUGGGAUUGCUUGAGGCUUCUGCCUGCUCUUUCCUGCACUAGUGCAUUCAGCUUAGUCACUUUAUCAGAGCAAGAAAAGGCCUAGCACUAAACCUGAGUAGGUGGUAGGGCUUCCAGGUGAGAAACUAAAGAGAUGAGGCUCCUUACGUAUCCUCUUCAGUAACACACCUAACACAGAUGCACUUAACAGGGAAACGUCUCGAUUCAUUCAAUAUAUUCUUCCUGCUACACCCUCACUUCCAGAAGGUUUUAAAUAUAAAGUUGUUGCAGAAGCUGCUGCUGGGCCAGUGUAGGACAAGAGCCAUGCCCCCAUUUCCCUGAUUAGGAAAGGUGGAGCUUUCACUGCAGGAAAAAAAGGGAAUUUUUUUUUUUUUACUUUAAACCCCUCUCAAUCCAUUUUUCAUUUUCUAAAUGGACCUGACCUUACCCUGAGGAUUAAGACUGCUGGUUUCAUGACAUUCAAAUGGAAAAGCACCACACUGGACCCUACUGUCUCAUCUACCUUCAGUUCCUGCUGGGAAACAUCAGCAGCCACUGCUAAUUGCUAGCAUCAUUGGCAGUUAGAGAUAGUGAAACUGUUGGGUCUCUCUGAAUGUUUUUCAGUUCCUCUUUGCUUAGCUAGGUUGUUACAGUAAUAAGAACUAGGCUCUGGUAUCUUCCUGAGAAGAGCAACUGCCAUAUCACUGAUAAACAAAUACUUUUCCAACUGUAACCUUAAUUCUAGUUUGGUACACUUCUGUGGAGGGGCUACAAGUGUAUGUGUAUUGCCUAAAGGCACUAGGAGACUUUACCAGAAUGUCCUGCAUUGGGAUGGUUAUGGAUGAUGUAGUUUCACGCAAAUAAACAAGUUCUCUUUU